AUGCUUGUAAGUCGACAAUUAUUCAUUUUGAAGGUUCCUCCAUUUGGCGUCGCAAAAACGGCGGAGGAAGCUAGAGCGCAAGCAGAACGAAUAGGUGGCAAAGACUAUGUGAUAAAAGCCCAAGUUUUGGCUGGUGGCCGAGGAAAAGGACGGUUCGAUUCAGGUCUCCAAGGAGGAGUGCAAGUUGUUUUCACACCAGAUGAAGCAAUGGAGAAGGCAAAGAUGAUGAUUGGAUCCAAUCUAAUCACAAAACAAACUGACCACCGUGGAAAACUUUGCGAAGAGGUUAUGGUCUGCAAGCGUCUUUUCACCCGCCGUGAAUACUACUUCUCAAUUACUCUGGAUAGGAAUACACAUGGUCCGAUUUUGAUUGGAUCAUCACGUGGUGGUGUAAAUAUCGAAGAAGUUGCGGCUACCGAACCUGAAGCUAUUAUCAAAGUCCCAAUAGAUAUGAGUGUAGGCGUAACACCCGAAAUCGCCGCUGAUAUUUCCACUCGAAUGGGAUUCCAGGCAUUUUUGCAGGGUGAUUGCCAAAAGCAGGCUGCUGAAAUCAUAUUGAAACUGUAUCAGCUGUUCCGCAACACUGAUGCAACACUUUUGGAAAUCAAUCCUAUGGCUGAAGAUGUGAAUGGAAAUGUCUACUGCAUGGACUGCAAAUUACUACUGGAUACUAAUGCUCAAUUCCGCCAGAAGGAACUUUUCCGACUCAAGGAUUCCAAACAAGAGGAUCCUCUAGAGAUACGUGCCGCAGCAGCUAGUUUGAAUUACAUUCGUCUAGAUGGUAAUAUAGGAUGCAUGGUGAACGGUGCUGGAUUGGCAAUGGCUACCAUGGAUAUAAUCAAGCUUCACGGAGGGGAGCCGGCGAAUUUCCUCGAUGUAGGAGGUGGUGCUACAGUUGACCAAGUCACAGAAGCAUUCAAAAUAAUUACUGCUGACGAGAAGAAGGUAAAUGCCAUCCUCGUGAAUAUUUUCGGCGGUAUCAUGCGUUGUGACGUUAUCGCUCAAGGAAUUAUCAAAGCAACGAAGGAACUGAACCUUAAGAUCCCGAUCGUUGUUCGACUCCAAGGAACCAAGGUCGAAGAUGCGAAAGCACUCAUUGCUACAUCGCAGCUCAGAAUCCUCCCCUGUGACAAUCUGGAUGAGGUGAGUGCCCUGUCCUAA